GGAGCCUCCCAGCAGGGCACCUGGGGGCAUCUGGGAACCAGCAACAGCGGCGGGCGUGGGCGGCCGCGGCGUGGGCGCUGCCCUGUUCCCCUCGGCGCCCCGAUGCCCGGCUGUCGCUAGGCUGGGACACACCCCCAGGCACAGCAGGGGGCAGGGACCCGCCACCGCCCAGGCCUCCGCCACCAGGCCUCAAGCUGCGGUCUAGCUCCCAGGACGAGUGGCCUUUCCCACGUGGGCCCAAGGCUCUGUCACGAGGGUGGGUCACGGCCUCUGUCCCCACUGCCCAACGGCCGGCCGCACGGCCGCUCCCUGCCUUGGCCUGUGCCGGGCAGUCCCGUCAGAGAGCCAGGUGACAGCCCCGAGAGCAGGCCCUGAGCAGGCGCCUCGGGGAGGCGGGAGAGGAGGCCAGAGGUGGCUGGGUGCCCGGCACUUGAGCGACUGGGGCAGGCGCCGAAGCCGCCUUUCGGGCGGGCCCUGGCUCCCCCAUGGGCGCCCGGCCACCUUCCCAAGCCGCAAAGUUGCGGAGCCUCACCCGGAGCCGCCAGCCCGGGCAGCUGCUGGGUGGCAGUUGCAUCACCAGCCACCGGCCCGGAAGGAGAGGAGGGGAUGGACUGGGAUGUGAGGGCGCUGAGUGGGCGAAUGAGGAAGUCGUGGGGCUGGGAAGGUGGGAGGGUCCCCUGCCAACACUCUGGCUCCAGCCUGGGCACCGAUGACUGCCUCCUCGCCCUCACCUGCCAGGGGGCAGUGCCAGAGGCGGCACCCACGCAGCUCGCUCCCUGGGGGAGGCAGCUGUCUGACUCCAUGGCACUGGGGGUGCCCAGGAGCAGGGCAGGGUCGGAGGGCAGUGUUCCUAGACUCCCCCUGUCUGACAGCGUCUCCCCCACCCCCCCACCAUAGAGGGGGCCCCGGAGAGAGGCCAGGGCGCCCAGGGACGGCUUGGGGGCGCCGCCAGUGAGCUGAUGGGGUGCGGGUCACCGUGCCGCGGUCGUGCCCUCUGUGGUCUCCGAGAUGGGAGGUGGGUGGGGCUGCACACUCCCCCAACCACGCCGGGGCCUGGUUCCUGGUUGCCUCUGCCCGGAGCUCGGGCCGGGCUCCAGGUGGCGGCCUGGUCCCGGCUGGGACGCCAGCUCAGCGCGCGUGUCCUGCCAGUGCGCCCCGGCUCGGCCGCGCCCGCCGCCAUGUCCGACUACGAGAACGAGGACGAGUGCUGGAGCGCCCUGGAGGGCUUCCGCGUGAAGCUCAUCUCCGUCAUCGACCCCGCGCGCAUCACGCCCUACCUGCGGCAGUGCAAGGUCCUGAGCCCCGACGACGAGGAGCAGGUGCUCAGCGACCCCAGCCUGGCCAUCCGCAAGCGCAAAGUGGGCGCGCUGCUGGACAUCCUGCAGCGCACGGGCCACAGGGGCUACGUGGCCUUCCUUGAGAGCCUGGAGCUCUACUACCCGCAGCUCUACCAGAAGGUCACGGGCAAGGAGCCCGCCCGCGUCUUCUCCAUGAUCAUCGACGCGUCCGGGGAGUCGGGGCUGACGCAGCUGCUGAUGAGCGAGGUGAUGAAGCUGCAGAAGAAGGUGCAGGACCUGACGGCCCUGCUGAGCUCCAAGGACGACUUCAUCAAGGAGCUGCGCGUCAAGGACUGCCUGCUGCGCAAGCACCAGGAGCGCGUGCAGCGGCUCAAGGAGGAGUGCGAGGCCUGCGGCCGCGAGCUCAAGCGCUGCAAGGACGAGAACUACGACCUGGCCAUGCGCCUGGCACGCCAGAGCGAGGAGAAGGGCGCCGCGCUCAUGCGCAACCGCGACCUGCAGCUGGAGGUGGACCGGCUCAAGCACAGCCUGAUGAAGGCGGAGGACGACUGCAAGGUGGAGCGCAAGCACACGCUGAAGCUGAGGCACGCCAUGGAGCAGCGGCCGAGCCAGGAGCUGCUGUGGGAGCUGCAGCAGGAGAAGGCGGAGCUGCAGGCCCGGGUGCAGGAGCUGGAGGCCUCCGCCCAGGAGGGGAAGCCGGACAAGAGCAGCCCCUACAUCCAGGUGCUGGAGGAGGACUGGAGGCAGGCGCUGCGGGAGCACCAGGAGCAGGCCGGCACCAUCUUCGCCCUCCGCAAGGACCUGCGCCAGGCCGAGGCGCUGCGCGCCCGGUGCCUGGAGGAGAAGGAGGUGUUCGAGCUGCAGUGCCAGGCCCUGCGGAAGGACUCCAAGAUGUACAAGGACCGCAUCGAGGCCAUCCUGCAGCAGCUGGAGGAGGUGGCCAUCGAGCGGGACCAGGCCAUCGCGUCCCGGGAGCAGCUGCACGCGCAGUACGCCCGCAGCCUGCAGGACAAGGACGCGCUGCGCAAGCAGGCCCGGGAGCUGGGCGAGAAGGCGGACGAGCUGCAGCUGCAGCUGUUCCAGCGCGAGGGCCAGCUGCUGGCCGCCGAGGGCAGGCUCAAGCGGCAGCAGCUGGAGAUGCUGGUCCUGAGCUCCGACCUGGAGGACAGCUCACCCAGGAGCUCCCAGGAGCUCUCCAUCCCCCGGGACCUGGAGGACGACGCCCGGCUCUCGGACAAAGGCGGCCCCGCUGACCGGGAGAGCCCAGAGCGGUCCUUGGAGGCUCUGCAGAGCGAGCGGCCCUUACUGACCCCCAAUGACGCGGGGCUGAGCGGCGGGGAGCCCCCCGAGAAGGAGCGGCGGCGCCUCAAGGAGAGCUUCGAGAACUACCGCAGGAAGCGCGCGCUCCGCAAGCUGCAGCACGGCCCGCGGCCGGGGGAGGUGGACUGGGAGAACACGACGGGCAGCGACAACACGGACACCGAGGGCUCCUAGCGGCGGGCACCGUCCGCGCACCGGCGCACACAGCCCCGUGGGGUCCCCCGGGUGUGAGGCGGACGGGGAGCACUCAGUGCGGCUCCCGGCCGGCGGCCCCGGACAGAGCGCCGCCUGCGGACCGAGGGGUCCCGGGUUCGAGCCCCGCCCAGGGCACGGCCAGGUUAAUGGCUGAUCCCAGUCGGGGGCGUGCAGGAGGCGGCCGAUCCAUGGUGCUCAUCACUGACGUUUCUCCCUCCCGCUCUGAAGUCAAUAAAAGUAUGUUUUUUAAAGAG